AUGAAGUACAGUUCCCAAUGUGAAACAGUGGUGAGAGACAGUGUUGGUCUCUCUGUCGCCGCCUGUCGGUGUGUCUGGGCAGUGCAGUAUCUGCUGGUGGCAGAUUGGAGGAAUAGAGCUGCGCUAAAACCUAAAAUUAUAUUCUUAAUUUAUGAUUCUCAGGCCGUCAUGAGGUCAAGGGUCAAGUCUUCAGUAUCUCUUGGAGCCCUGGCCAAGUAUAUAACAACAUUUAAGAACCACGACCCAUUCCUCGUUCCCUGCCUCCCCAGCAACCCCUGGCACACUGAUGACGACUCUUACUGGGAGUUGAAUGCGCCAGAUGUUGAAAUUCCCACAAAGAUGAGAGUGGAGCGCUGGUCCUUUAGCUUCUAUGAGCUGCUCAAUGAUCCACGGGGCCGUGCAGACUUCAAGAUUUUCCUAAAGAAAGAAUUCAGUGGCGAGAAUCUAGCUUUCUGGGAAGCCGCUGAGGAGUUGAAAUGGGGCACGGCAGCUUCUAUGUCAGAGAAAGCAGAACAAAUUUUCAAAACGUUUUUGGCCCCAGGAGCACCACGCUGGAUCAACAUUGAUGGCAGGACAAUGGGUCUUACAGUAAAGGGACUGGAACAUCCUCACCGAUAUGUACUAGACGCUGCCCAGACCCACAUCUUCAUGCUGAUGAAAAAGGAUACCUUUUAUCGCUACCUGAAAUCACCAGUUUACAAGGAAAUACAGAAAAAGGCCAUUUCACCAGCUCCACACAAUUUCUCUGAGGCCCAGCUGCAGCAAAACAUGAGGAACCGCAGGCCGAGCAUCGACCCCAUCAUCACCUGGCAGAAGGAGCAGGAAGAGAAAGCAAAGGCAGCAGCCGCAGCUGGACCCGUAGACAUUAAAAAACUGAUGGCCAGCAAACUAGAUCGCAAAUAGAAAGUUGGAGACAGAGAUGCAUGCUGAAAAUGCUUUACCUAACAAUCUGACUAAUAAAAAGAGACCCGUACAAGGCUUAGUGACUCUUGGGUGCUCUACAUGUACAGAUCCAAAACAAAGUUUCAGAUAAUAGAGCUAAACUUAGAGACUCUAAGUUUAAUUCUUCCAUGAAAUUUGCUGUACACAGAAUUGAUACCAAAUAUAUAAAAACAACAGUUAAACUAUGUACAUAUGACUGCCAAACAGAUAGUUCCUAUAAUUUGUAUUGCUACAUCCAAAUGAUAUAUUUUUGUCGUUUGCUAAAUACUGCAUUUUCAGAUCACACUUGUUUCCAUGCAGUGAUUCUGUUCAUCCAACACAAAGAUUGAAUUACCUUCAAUCUCUGUUUACCUGUAUAGCAGUUUCUCAUUAUAGUGUGAAGAUGUUUUGUAUGUGUGCAAUAGUCAUGGUGAAUACCUGUGUUUCUUUAAUUAAGUGUAGAACAAUAAAGACAGCAUGUUCAUUG